CUAUUCAACCGGAAGUACAGGAAAGCGGAGAAACUGUGGUGGGGGCUACACGUGGGUACAGAAGUUUCUUUAAGUCGUGCGCUACAGUUUAUUUAGCUGGAGCUAUGUCGAGGCGACAGAAAGCCUCGCUUGAGAAAAAGACCGACUCUGAGGAUGGACACGAGGGGGAAGAGGUCCAGAACCCGCUGCCCGACGUCAGACGGACCCGCAGCGGCCGCACGGUACGGACUCCUACCGCACUGCUAGCAUCUGUGGCCCCGGUGAGGACUCCAAGCCGGAGGACCAGGAGGUCUGUUCUCCAGGAGCUCCCUGCGGCGGAAGACAAUGCCAUUGACGCGCCGGAGCAGAACCCCGAAACAGUCAUCGAGGAGAACUCCAGUAUGUCCGUAGAACCGGAACCAACAGAGCCGCCGCCCGCAGAUGCUGCUGCUGCGGUCCCACAAGAACCAAGCGGAGACGAUCAACAGUCCAAGUCUGCACCAGCAGAGACGGCGCCCACGAGUUCCGAGGGCGCCCCGCAGAAGAAGAAGCCUCGUCUGGAGCCAAGUGGGAAAAAUCCGGUCAUUCCACUGGGAAAACCGAAAUCAGGGAGAGUGUGGAAAGACCGCAACAAAAAGAGAUUCUCUGCUUUGGUAAGAGACAAAACAUUGUGUACCUCUUGGCAAAAGAAGAUGGAAGCCAAGCGAGAGAAGGAUCUGGUGAAACAGUAUUGUUCGCAGCUCAAGGAGGAGAAAGCCAGACAGAAGGAGGAAAAGAGGAAAAGGACAGAAGAGAACCUGAAACGUCGCGCAGAGAAUGAACGCAAAGCAGAGAUUGUGCAAGUGAUCCGAAAUACUGCAAAGAUCAAGAGAAUGAAGAAAAAACACCUCAGAAAAAUUGAAAAGAGAGACACACUGCCUCUGCUGCAGAAGACGCAGACGCAGAAUGUUAAAGCCAAAGGGCCAAAAGACACGAAGGUUGACCAAGAUUUAACCUAAAGACUGAGAUAAUAAACAUGUAUCCCUUCA